UCAUAUUGUUAUUUAUAUGUUGAUGAUUGGAAUGAGAAACUGAAAACAGGGUUGUUAAUUUGGGGUCUGUCUUUAUUCAGUAUUUUUCAUAUGUUGUGGUUAAAGUCCGUUCUCCCGUUAAUACAAUGGGAUUUUGUUUGUUUUAUUACAGUAUUGAACUAGUGAGUCUUGCUCAAUGAUUCGACUAUUGGCUAAAGUGAAAAUGUUCCAGGCAGCCUUGGCCAACCGUAGUCCGAUCAAAAGGCGAUGUGCCACAUGGCAGGCCGCAGGAAACACAGAAAUAAGGAGGAGCCCACGCCACGGUUUUCACUGGAUGCUCCAAAAUCCCAGUCGCAAUUUCCCAAACUAAAAGAAUAGCAGAAGUCCUCUGAACCACCAAAAGCUAAAGUUCGAAAGCUGAAAACAACAGCUCUAAUCUAGUUGUAAAACUUUUAAAAUUUAGGGUUACAAAAUUCUAACAGAAUCUAAUAUGGCGGUUAUUAGGACAAGCGCUAACAUGAUCCUCAAAGAAAUCCUCCAUCAUUCACCGCUAUCUUCCAUUUCCUUAUCAUCUUCGGCUCGUGCGGUUCUGGCCGGUUCCUGUGGGACCAUCCGAGUGACCCCCAGCCGAGGAAUCAGUUUUAGCCGGAUUCGCUGCGCCGCGUCCGACGCCGGUGCCGAGAGAAAAGUCUCUGCUCGCCUCUCGCAAGUGCAACAGCUCCUGCAGGAAGCGGAAGAGCGAGCCAGCUCCGCCGGGAAUGAGCCCACCCCUCAAAUCACUCUGGAUCAUGUUACUGUGAGUUUUGCAAGAAGUGGUGGCCCUGGAGGUCAAAAUGUAAACAAAGUUAACACCAAGGUGGACAUGCGCUUCAAUGUAAAAAACGCAUAUUGGCUGAGUGACAGGAUCAGAGAGAGGAUUAUGCAACUGGAAAAAAAUCGGAUAAACAAGGAUGGUGAAAUUGUGAUUUCUUCAACAAAGACUAGGACACAGAAGGGUAACAUUGAUGAUGCUCUGGCAAAACUACAGGCAAUCAUUGAUGCUGCUGCUUAUGUGCCACCACCCCCAUCAGAAGAGCAAAAGAAGAAAAUUGCAAAGAUGGCUGCAAUUGGGGAGCAAAAACGCCUUAAAAGCAAGAAAGCCCUUUCAGACAAGAAAGAAUUUAGGAGAAGUCGGGACAGUUGGGACUAAAUUAUGGUGUCAUAACACAUUAGGUUUAUAGCGUCUGAGGAUCAUCAAAUCAGUAAGGCAGUAGACAGCUGGUAGGGAGCUUAAAGGAGUGUUUUGUCCAUAUUUCUUGUCAAAGUUUUUUAUGGCUGGGAAGAAAAACUACUCUCUCCUGAUGUAAAAUAACCAUUUGAUCCAUUAUAUUUAUAGGCUGCUAAGGCACAUCAUUCACCAGAAUCUUGUUACGUGUUUCAUGUUUGUCACACCUAAUCGUACGCGGAGGAUUUAUUGUUGCGGUCUGUAGGGUUUUCGCGAGUAAUUUUGUUCAAGCGGCUCUGAAAUUGCAAUUACUUAAAAGGUCUGAACCUGCAUGCUUAUUUUUUUCUUGGAUGAUCCGCCGCAGGCUGGUUCAUGGAUGAAACAGGGUUCAGAUUCUUGAAUUCUCACAAGGGAGUAACUUCUAACGAGCAUAUAUCACUU